AGUGUUUUCAUACUCAUUUUAUAACAAUGUUCAACUUUUUAGGCAUUUGUCCUUUACUUUUGCGUUUUCUAGUUUUUGUUUAGAAGCCAUGAGCCCAUCACCCAUCUCUGCCACUACUUUUUAUUAGCCAUUUGUACUAUGGAACCCAAUUAGUGGAGUUGCACUAUAGCCAUGAACUUGAGCCUACUUUUGAAAGGCAUGAAUAAGUUUUCAGCUGUCUUUGUCUAUGAAAUUUAGGUAACGGGUUUUUAGGUCAUGUUAUGAUGUCAUUGAUGUAUACAAGAAAAUAAAUAUGUUACUUGUACACAACAAUGGCCUCUAAUUCUAGGCAAAGCCAGUAAGGUCCAUGGAGCCCUCUAUGAGUUGACGAUUCACAUGUUUCAAAGCCUGAUUUUCAGGCAGCUAAAUGCAAAUCACUCAUGAACCUUCACAUGAGAAAUGUCACGACACAAAGAUGCCUUGAUUUUAAGAACUAAAUUGCCAAUAAAUAACACCUUUUGAUGCCCUCCUUGCUUAACCUUUUCCUUGUUCCAUUCAUGGCUUCUUCUUCCCUUUAUUUUCUUCUCAUAUUCCUUUCCAUUUCUUCUUUCACCCUUUUAUCACAAUCCCAAACAAGUUCCAAGCUAAACAAGUUUGUUUUGCCAAUUCACCAAGAUAACAAGACCAAUCUCUAUGUUGCCAACAUUUAUAAAAGAACUCCAUUAUUGCAAAUCCCAUUUGUUGUGGACUUGAAUGGGAGGUUAUUAUGGGUUACUUGCGAACAAAACUACCUUUCUUCGACCUACCGUGCCCCUCGAUGCUAUUCGACUCAAUGUGCUAGAGCCAACACACACUAUUGCCACACUUGCUUCUCCAAGGCCAGACCGGGGUGCCACAACAACACAUGUGGGCUCAUGUCGGUGAACCCUGUGACGGGCUUAACUGCCAUGAGCGAGCUUGCACAAGAUGUUCUGUCAAUCUAUUCCACUCAAGGGUCUAACCCUGGUCCCCUUGUUAAGAUACCUCGGUUCUUGUUCACUUGUGCACCUUCCCUUUUGCUGCAACCAGUGUUACCAGGGAAUGUUCAAGGGAUAGCUGGAUUAGGGCAUUCCCCUAUUUCUCUACCCACUCAACUUGCCUCACACUUUGGAUAUGCUGGCUUUGCCCCAACAUUUGCCUUAUGUCUAGCUCCAAAUGGGGUCAUUUUCUUUGGGGAUAGCCCUUAUUAUAUGCUUCCUGGUAUUGAUAUUUCACUCCCUUUAGGCUACACUCCAUUGAUCAUUAGUCCACUAGGAGAGUACUACAUAGAAGUGAAAUCAAUCAAAAUAAAAAACAAGGAUGUUCCAUUAAACACAACUCUGUUAUCAAUCGAUAGACGAGGCAUUGGAGGUACAAAGCUCAGCACAAUAAAUCCUUACACCAUUCUCGAACACUCGAUCUUCAAAUCUGUCACUGAAUUUUUCACUAAAGAGCUCUCUGGUAUUCCCCUUGUAAAGCCAGUGGAACCGUUUGAGGUUUGUUUUAACUCGAAAAGUAUCGACAAAAGAACCAGGGUUGGACCAAAGGUUCCUACUAUCGACCUUGUGCUCCAUGACCAACAUGUUAUAUGGAGGAUUUACGGAUCGAACUCUGUGGUUGAAGCUACACCAGGAGUUUCUUGCUUAGCCUUUGUUGACGGAGGACUCAACACUCGAGCUGCAAUUGUUAUUGGGGCUUACCAAAUGGAGAAUAAUCUUAUACUGUUUGACAUGGCAAGAUCAAGGCUGGGAUUCAGCUCUUCCCUGCUGUUUUUUAAGACUUCUUGUAAUAACUUAAAUUUCACUGCUAUUCCAUAAAGAGAA